AUGGAAUCGAAGACGAAGUCGAAGUCGAAGUCGAAGUCCAUGCCCCAUGUCCAUGCCCAUGCCACGUACGUGCGGCCAAACAAAUUACAGGGAAAUUGCGUCACCUGCAGGAAUUUCCACUCAACAUUGUCAAAUGUCAUCAAAAGUUGUUGGACAUGUUGUAACAUUAAUUUGACAUUUUACUGCAUUUGA